AUCCUUCCUUCUCUGAAUCCUCAUGUUUAAAAGAAAGAAAGGAUUCCCUGUUGCACAUUUCAGUACAUUCUUUGCUCUCUGGAUCUUUGCCCAGAUUUCUUGCAGCUCCUCCCACUGAUUUCACACAAUUCAGACAACUUCCUUCACUUUGAAUGUUUACUUUGUCUCCACUGGAAGAGAAGACUGCUCUAGUUUCGUCCUUGUUGAUCAUUCAGCUCUCUUAUUAAUCUUCUGAUUGGGAAAGAUGGCCAGUCGAGAUAAUUACCUUCGACAGGACUGGCAGAUGGUCCAUGGUGUCCCAAUGAUCUGCGCAUUUUCCUUUGAUUGGGACAGAAUUGAGAAUUUCCAGAGUCGACCUGAUGAUAUUGUGAUAUCAACAUUCCCCAAAUCUGGCACGACAUGGAUGAGUGAAAUUGUGGACAUGAUUUUGCACAAUGAUGACCUUGAGAAAUGCAAGCGAGAUGCCAUUUUCAAUAGGGUGCCUAUGCUAGAAUUUGUUGCCCCCGGGAAAAUGCCACCAGGCACAGAGCAAUUAGCUCAGAUACCAUCUCCUCGAGUAGUGAAGACUCAUCUCCCAGUACAACUCCUUCCCAAGUCCUUCUGGGAAAAUAACUGCAAGAUGAUCUAUGUGGCUCGCAACGCGAAAGAUGUAGCUGUCUCUUAUUACCACUUUGACUUGAUGAACAAGCUGCACCCAGAACCUGGCACUUGGGAUGAAUAUCUGAAGAAAUUCAUGGCAGGGAGAACAGGUUUUGGAUCCUGGUAUAAUCAUGUGAAAAACUGGUGGAAUAAGCGGAAUGAGCACCCCAUGUUAUAUCUGUUCUAUGAAGACAUGAAAGAGGAUCCAAAGCGUGAGAUUAAGAAAGUCAUACGUUUUUUGGGAAAGGACCUGUCAGAAUCAGCUGUGGAUAAAAUUGUAUGCAACACCUCAUUUGACAAGAUGAAGGAGAAUCCUGUUACAAAUUAUAGGAUGGUUCCAACUGCAGUAAUGGAUCAGAAUAUCUCCCCAUUCAUGCGCAAAGGCAUUGCUGGUGAUUGGAAGAAUUAUUUUACUGUGGCUCAGAAUGAGACAUUUGAUGAAGAUUAUAAGAGGCAAAUGGCAGAUACAACACUGCAAUUCCGAACGGAAGUCUGAAGCUCAUUGUAGCUACAACAGAAUUGCCCUUGUUCUCUUGUUUUAUACAGAUCCUGUCAUUUCGUAAAGAUCUAGGAUUUCCCGGAGCCUCUGCUUUUAAUUAGAGGAAAAAGCGAGUGCCUCCUCUUCCCAGCUAGGGAAUUCUGAAAACAUGCAGACCUGUACAAGCCUUGGUGAUAAGGCUUGACAGUGAAAGGGAAGUUGUGAUUUAUUAUAUACUGAACUAGCAAGUCUAGCAUUACCCAGGUGUCGUGGGGGCUACUGCCCUCCUGUUUUCAUUCCUUUUUUCACAUUCUCUCCCUUUACACCUUUCCCCUUUUGCUUUCUCUUCCUUCCUUUCCUCCUUUUUCUUUCUUCCCCCAUCCCUUAAAUCAAAUCAAGUCAAAAUCUUUAUUACGGUCACAGACCAGCAUAAGUGGGGUACAUUGAUUCCAAUCUUUGCAGUGUCCUUUUGCACUCUCCUCUUUAUUUUCUUAAUUGGUCUUUUAAAUAAUUCUGCUGUUAUGUUUAGGAUCAGUUCAAUGCUAUAAGAGGACAAUGUUAUGAUGCAGCUGUAGUGUUUUCCUUUACAGAAAGUAACUUUGGGGGUGGGGGUGGGGAGUUCGGAUCUUGGCAAUAAUGGCUAAGUAGUGAUCACUAAUAAGGAACAAUAUUGGCAAUAGUGACUAUGUAGCAAUCAUUAAUUAAGUACUAAUUAAGUCUUGUAAAUGAGGUGAUAAAAUUGUGCCCAGUAGAGAGUGUGCAGUGCAUGUGUCGGAACAGGUACAUUUUUAACUCCAGCCAAAUAUAUAUAUCUUUUAGUUUUGAAGAACUAUGGUGUUUGUUUUGCUGUCUGUGCCUCUGUUCAGAAGAUUUCACCUCAUUUUCUGUCCCUGUGGACAAUUGAAUUUUGAAAAAUUUAGCUUGUUGUGGAAACAAGGAUUGGUGAGAAAGCUUCAGUUGAGACACAUUUUCCCCAUGAUAACUCUUUCUGGAGUGAAUUUCCCUUCCAAGGGGUAGCUUUCUUUCACUUCCAGCAGUCUCACCCCUGGUCUUUAAUUUUUUAUAGUAGUAGUAGUAGUAAUAACUGUUGACCAGCUAUAUCUGCCUAGAAGAUCAGGGGGCAGAGGACUCUUACAAGUAAAACAAGCAGUCAAAGAAGAAGAACAUGCCCUGGCAGAAUAUGUAAAGCAAAGUGAAGAACCUGCUUUGAUUGAAGUCAAAAAUCAGAAACUCUUCAAAGCAUAGCAGACAAAAAACCAGUAUAAGAAAACCACACUACAAAUUAGAGCUGACAGCUGGCACAACAAAACAUUGCAUGGAAAGUUCCUUGACAAAAUUGAAGGAAAAGCUGAUAAGGAGAAGACCUGGCUAUGGCUCACGAAUGGGACCCUGAAGAAGGAGACAGAAGGCCUGAUCCUUGCAGCCCAGGAGCUAGCCAUCAGAACAAAGGCAAUUAAGGCCAAGAUCGAAAAAUCUGCUGAUGACCCAAAAUGCAGACUGUGCAAGGAAACCGACGAAACCAUUGAUCAUAUCCUCAGCUGCUGUAAAAAAAUUCCACAGACAGACUACAAACAGAGGCACAACUAUGUGGCCCAAAUGAGUCAUUGGAACUUAUGCCUCAAGUACCACCUCCCUGCAGUAAAGAAUUGGUGGGAUCACAAACCUGCAAAAGUAUUGGAAAAUGAGCAUGAAAAGAUACUGUGGGACUUCCGAAUCCAGACUGACAAAGUUCUGGAACACAACACACCAGACAUCACAGUUGUGGAAAAGAAAAAGGUUUGGAUCAUUGAUGUCACCAUCCCAGGUGACAGUCACAUUGAUGAGCAACAACAGGAAAAACUCAGCCACUACCAGGACCUCAAGAUUGAACUUCAAAGACUCUGGCAGAAACCAGUACAGGUGGUCCCGGUGGUGAUUGGCACACUGGGUGUCAUGCCAAAAGAUCUCAGCCGGUAUUUGGAAACAAUAGACAUUGACAAAGUCACGAUCUGCUAACUGCAAAAGGCCACCUUACUGGGAUCUGCACGCAUCAUCCGAAAAUACAUCACACAGUCCUAAACACUUGGGAAGUGUUCAACUUGUGAUUUUGUGAUCCAGUAUAUCUAUCUUGUUUGCUGUGUCAGAUGGGACUCGGGGCAGCUUACAUAUGGGACGAAGUACCCAUAGACAGAAAUACAAACAAUCCAUCAAGCAAAAACAUCAUUAAAAAUAACAAAACAGUUAAAAACACAAAUUCAAUCAAACAUAAGAAUAUAAAACGGCCGUGUAACAAUACUCAGCGAAAGCAGUUAUUAUUAUCAGAAUAUACAGUUAACAUUUUUUUUAAAAAGGCGACAGUAAAAAACCAAUAUCUAUAUAACGGAAAGGUACAUAGCAUUUUGAGAAAAACAUAUACAUAUAUUUAACAUCUUAAUACAACUUACGUAUACCAUCAUUAAGCAUAUCAGCGUUUUGCAUACUCUAAUCUAAAAUAACAAUGAACAUAAAAAUAACCUGCUACUCAUCUAGUUUUCAAUUCCUCCCUUAAACAUAUUAUGCUUAUAGUUCUAUUACAGUUUUAUAUCCAUGUAUACAUAUUCUUUUUAUUGUUAUUCCCAUACCCCUGAUUUAUUUUGUGCCACCUUCACCUGGACCAAUUUAUCUUAUUUAAUUCCCCCAAAAUUUCAUUGUUUCUGUUAUAGGUUUGCUCCCCUCUCUAUCACUGAAUAUAUAUUCAAUAAAUUUACUCCAUAUGCCCCCAAAAAACUGUUUGUUUCCAAAAAGCCUUUUUAACAUUAAUGUCACAAGUCAGUUUGUCAUUGAUUGCUAUUGUGAAGACUUGAUGUGAUGACAGGGAUGGAAUCUUUUUGGAUCCCACCACUGCCACCAAAAUGCGAAGGAUUCACCUUCUACCUCUACGUGUUCCACUUUUCUAUAUUAUCGCUGCCACCACCUUUGAAAGAUGCUUUGCUCAAAUAAUAAGCAACAUUUGAAGAAACAGUAACUUGUUUAUUUAUAGCACAAAGCUUGAUGGUUGCAAGAAUGUUAUAACUUGAGGUGAACGAUGUUACUUCUGUACAGUAAGUGUUGCAAGAUUUCUCAAUAGUUUCACUGAGCUUAGUAUGGUAUCAGCUUUAUAUUACUUGUUUCUUUCAGUUAGGAAUACUGUCCUUCUUGAACUUAGUUGACCUGUACCUGAUCAAACUUGGAUUGGGGAGUUUAACUGGUUAACCCUAGUCCUCCUUGACUUAGGGAUAUAGCCUCAGCUCUUUAGUUAUUCCUACUAAAGGCUCAGCAACUUUAAUUUUAGCCCUUCUCCGCUAAAACUCUCUAGCUGCUCAACUUCCUCCCACAAUCUCUUUUUUUCGAUCACACUCCUUUCUCACUGAACAGAACCAACUGCUCUGCUCAACCGACAAACUCCAACUGCCCAAUUCCAACUGCUAAAUUUUGAAUUCUAAGGCUUCCACCAGCAAGGUGAAGCCACGCCCCUUUUCCUGGCCAUGCCUUAGAGGCUCCCAGCUUCUGUAUAAGAAUAGCUGAAAUAUAUAACCUUAAACAGUCAACCUAAACAUAGCAAUCAUGAAUAAAACACAAUGAUCAUGACAUCUUUACAUACCUUCCAACCUGGAAAGAUUAUUUUUGCUUUUUCUAGACCCAGAAUAAGCAAAAAUAAUAGAGAAUAACACAAAAUACAUAUCUAUACAUAAACAUAACAUCAUACCUUAAACUCUAAAUACAAACCUGUGAGUCUUCCGAUCAAGGUGCUCUGGAUAGAGCAUCAGCUACUACAUUACAUUUGCCCUUUAUAUGUUUAAUAUCAAAUGUAAAGUCCUGUAGUGAUAAACUCCAUCUCAAUAAUUUGUUAUUGGUCCCUUUUACAUUAUCCAACCAUCUUAGGGGUGCGUGAUCAGUUUGUAACGUAAACUUCCUUCCCCACAAGUAUGGUUUCAGUUUCUUUAUGGGCCAAAUUAUCGAGUAACAUUCCUUCUCGAUUGUGGACAUGCUAAGCUCAUUAGAAUGCCACUUCUUACUGAGGAAUAGUAUGGGCCUAUCCUCUCAAUCUUCAUCAACUUGACUUAGGACUGCUCCUAGUCCAGUGUCUGAAGCGUCACAAGUUAAAAUAAAUGGGUUAUCAAAAUUUGGGGCUUUCAAAACCGAAUCAGAAGUAAGGGCCCUUUUUAAAUUGUCCAUGGAUUCCUGACACUUGGAAGACCAAAUUACUUGGUUUGGGUGUUUAUUUUUUGUAAGGUCUGAUAAUGGGGCAGCUAAAUUACUGAAAGACGGAAUGAACUUUCGGUAAUAUCCGGCCAAACCAAGAAAUGAUCUAAUUUGUUUUUUUUUGUUUUCGGGAUUGGCCAUUGGUGUAUAUCUUUGACCUUGGUAGGAUCAGGUCUGAUACACCCUCCACCUAUAAUAUGUCCCAAAUACUUAGACGUAUGGUUUCCUAACUUGCAUUUAGAAGCUUUAAUAGUUAACCCAGCUUCUAAUAACCUGCCCAACACACAAUCAAGAUGCUUAAGAUGGUCCUCCCAACAAUCACUAUAGAUACCUAUGUCAUCCAUGUAGGCUAAACAGAACUCACCUAAGCCAUAGAGAACUUUGUCUACCAGCCUCUGAAAUGUCGCGGGGCUAUUUUUUAAUCCAAAUGGUAAAACAACGAACUCGUAGAGUCCUCCCUGAGUUCUAAAGGCCGUUUUGGACUGGUCUUCAGGCGCCAUAGGCACUUGCCAGAACCCCUUAGUCAAAUCAAUACUACUUAUAAAUUUGGCUUUUCCAAUUCUUUCUAGUAAAUCAUCCAAACGGGGCAUCGGAUACAUGUCGUUUUGGGUGAUUUUAUUUAACCGCCGGUAAUCUAUGCAAAACCUUACGGUUUUGUCUGGCUUCUUUACUAACACUAUGGGCGAAGCCCCAAGGGCUGUUAGAUGGCACGAUUAUAUCCAAAUCUAACAUCUCCCUGACCUCUUGCUCUAUGCAUUCGCUUAUCUUACCCGUCACCCUAUAGGGAAGGGAUGCUAUCGGUGCGGCGUCACCGGUGCAUAUUUUAUGUUGCACUCCCUGCACUCUCCCGGGUAAAUCCGAAAACAUGACUUUAUACUUAGCCAAGAUUCCUUUAACCUCUCUUUGUUGUGAUGGAGAUAAGUCUGAAUUUAUGGUUACUUUAUCCAAGUUUCUAUGUAUCUCCCUAUUACCUUCCCAAAAUGAAAAAGGACCUGUAUCUUCCUCUGAUACUAUACAGUAAACAUUUGCCGACCUAUUUACAUACGGCUUAAUCAUGUUUACAUGCACCCGUUUCUCAAUCCCUAAUCGUUCAUCUAGGAUGUCACAGUUCACAUGGUUCUGCUUCCUGACGAUCCUCCACGGUCCGGUCCAGUCUAUCUGUAGUUUGUUGUUCUUGUUGGGUGUUAAAAACAGGACCUCAUCUCCGACGUUGAAGUCUCGGGGUCUCGACGUUGCGUCGUACCGGAUCUUUUGUUGCUCCUGGGCCGUCAUAAGAUGUUCCUGGGCGAUGUCCCUGGCCAUCUUUAAUGUUGACUUUGAUGUAGUUGUCGACAGGAACAGGAUCUGGCGUAGGGCUUGCUUCCCAGUGCUCUCUGAUCAAAUCAAGGGGUCCACGAGCCUUCCUUCCGAAUAACAAUUCAAAAGGCGAGUAACCAGUGCUGUCCUGUGGGACUGAUCGAUAUGCGAAUAACAGCUGCUACAACUUGGUGUCCCAGUCGUGGGGUCUCUGCUGGCUAUAGGCCUUGAUCAUUUUCACUAGUGUUUUGUUCAGGUUUUCUACUAGGCCAUUCGUUUGCGGAUGAUAAGGUGUGGACGUUAGGUGUUUAAUUCCGCACAACUCUAAUAACUUCUUCAUUAGCCGCGAGGUGAACUGAGUCCCCAGGUCUGACACAAGCUCUCUGGGAAAUCCAGUCCUUCCCCAAAUUGAUAACAGCGCAUUGGCUAUGGUGGAAGUUUCAAUAUUGGUCAAAGCCACUGCAUCUGGAUACCUGGUUGCAUAGUCUAUUACUGUGAGGAUAUAUUUGUAUCCUCUCCGACUGGGCUUAUACAAAGGACCAACUAGAUCAAUCACUACCCGGAAAAAGGGUUCCCCAACAACCGGCAUGGGAACUAAAGGAGCUUUGGUCUUAUCUCUUCCCGUGCUAAACCUUUGGCAAAUAUCGCACGACCUGCAAAACUCCUUGAUAUGUUGAUACAUGCCAGGCCAGAAAAAGUUCUUGCUGAUUCUUUGGGUGGUUUUUCUAACCCCCAAAUGCCCUCCUUGUGGAUUGUCAUGGGCCACAUCUAACAGUUGUUUCCUGUAGUUUACAGGUACCACUAUUUGGGUACGUGUUUCUGGCUCAUUCAAAGUCUUAUGGCUUGUACUUUUCCUGUAUAAAACUCCCUCCUUAAGUACGAACUUAGGAGUUUUACUUUCUUCUGUUCCUGUGGCGCUCUGAGCUUGCAAGAACAAAGGUUGUAAUGUUUCAUCUGCUAGCUGCUCUCGCAGUAUCUCUUGUUUUCCCUCUAUUCCGCUGACCAACUCAAUGAUGCUCGAACUAGACUCAGGAAGUUGCUCUGAGCUAGCUUGGAUGGUCAAACACUUGGCUUUUGGAGUGUGGACCUCCAUGUUGCCUUCAUGUUUAUCCGCUUCUUUCUGCCAAUUCCUAACUUUUCCAUUUAAAUCAUUCCCAAUCAAACAUUUGUAUGGGAUGUCCGCGCAGACAGCGAAGUCCCAUAAUCCUUCCCAGCCUUUGUACUUGAUGGGUAAGGAUACUACAGGGGUUGGUAUCGACGGGCCUAUCCCCUUUAAAUUUAUCUCUGAAGAGGGAUGUUGGUAUCUCUGUGGGACCACUUCAGGACGUAUAAUACAGACAUCCGACCCAGUGUCUCUCCAUCCCUGCGUGUGUAUCUCAUCUAUGACAAUAGAUUCUAAAUAGUCUUCAGAGAUUUCUCUUGAAAGGAUAAAUAAACAUUGUUUUUCUUUUGGCCUCGCAUCAGGGCUUCUAGACUUAACUUCAGGUUCUACUUCUUGUUCUCUUGGAGCUCUAUUUACAAAGAAAGUAGACCUGUCUUUCUUGAUUAAGUUACAUUGGUAUCUAAGAUGCCCUGGCCUUCCACAAUGGUAACAUUUUAUCUUUUCCUCAGGCCUGGCUUGGCCUGCAACUGCCUCAUGCUUCCUAUAGGCGGUGUUUUCUCCUGAACCUCCCCUUUGCAUCUGUGUGCGUGCGUGAGGGUAAAACGUCGGCUUUAGAGGUUUUUUUUUCUUUUGGUUCUUCCUCCUUCCUAAAACCUUCUUUCAAGGUAAUUAGCUGGUCAAUCAUAACUGCAGCUUCGUUGGCUGUCUUUGGGUUUCGGUCUUGAAUUAGCCAUCUGUAUUCUGAGGGAACUAGGUGAAAGAGCUGCUCCAGCUUCAAUAGUUCCUUAAGUUGCAGAAAGGAAUCUACUUCAGAAGUCCUCACCCAGCUGUCAAAGUAUUGAGCUUGCUUUGAAGCAACUUGCGCAAAACUUUGGUGUCUGUCCCUCUUUAAAGUUCUGAACUUUAAUCUGUAAAAUUCAGGCGUCAACUGAAACUUUUGUUGUACCUGCAGUUUAAACAUCUUAUAAUCUCUGUGAGUGUCUUCAGCCAUAUCACUAUAUAUUUCUAGAAGCUUUCCACUAAUUUGUGGCCUCAGAUAUAACAUCCAUUUGUCUUCACUCACUUCAAAAUCUUUACAGCACCUUUCAAAGGAUAUAAGGAACUUUUCUAUAUCAUCUUCCUUGUUAUAUCUGGGAAACUUUUUUAAAAUUACAUCAGGUGCUUCAGCUCUCAAAUCCCCUUCUUGGGUAUCAGCGUGAGGUUGAGAGUGUGUCAAUCUUUGCUUCUCCAAAUCUAUUUCCAUUCUCCUCAACUCUGCUUGCCUGGCCCUCUCCUCAGCUUGUCUCUCUUUCUCUUUUUCCUCAACCUCCAUCUUUUUCAAUUCCAAUUCAGUCUGCCGGGCUCUCUGUCUCUCCUCAAUCUCUAAUUUCUUCAUCUCUAACUGAUACUUGAGAGACAUUUCAGACAAGGUUACUUGUUCUGAAUCUGAGGAGGAAAGCUCUCCUGCCUCCUCUGCCAACUUUUUCUGUUUCCUGGUGGCCAUUUCCAGACAAGUUUUACCUCAGCCCUUUUACCUAAAGCUGAUCUCCGGCACCAAACUAACUUUUGCCAAACGAAUUUCAGGCACUGAAUCAGUUCUUGUUACACGGAUCUCAGGCACUGAAUCAGUCUUUGUUACACGUAUCCCACCGCUGCCACCAAAAUGUGAAGACUUGAUGUGAUGACAGGGAUGGAAUCUUUUUGGAUCCCACCACUGCCACCAAAAUGCGAAGGAUUCACCUUCUACCUCUACGUGUUCCACUUUUCUAUAUUAUCGCUGCCACCACCUUUGAAAGAUGCUUUGCUCAAAUAAUAAGCAACAUUUGAAGAAACAGUAACUUGUUUAUUUAUAGCACAAAGCUUGAUGGUUGCAAGAAUGUUAUAACUUGAGGUGAACGAUGUUACUUCUGUACAGUAAGUGUUGCAAGAUUUCUCAAUAGUUUCACUGAGCUUAGUAUGGUAUCAGCUUUAUAUUACUUGUUUCUUUCAGUUAGGAAUACUGUCCUUCUUGAACUUAGUUGACCUGUACCUGAUCAAACUUGGAUUGGGGAGUUUAACUGGUUAACCCUAGUCCUCCUUGACUUAGGGAUAUAGCCUCAGCUCUUUAGUUAUUCCUACUAAAGGCUCAGCAACUUUAAUUUUAGCCCUUCUCCGCUAAAACUCUCUAGCUGCUCAACUUCCUCCCACAAUCUCUUUUUUUCGAUCACACUCCUUUCUCACUGAACAGAACCAACUGCUCUGCUCAACCGACAAACUCCAACUGCCCAAUUCCAACUGCUAAAUUUUGAAUUCUAAGGCUUCCACCAGCAAGGUGAAGCCACGCCCCUUUUCCUGGCCAUGCCUUAGAGGCUCCCAGCUUCUGUAUAAGAAUAGCUGAAAUAUAUAACCUUAAACAGUCAACCUAAACAUAGCAAUCAUGAAUAAAACACAAUGAUCAUGACAUCUUUACAGCUAUAUUCCAAAUUUCCCUAUACCAUUCUUCUAAAUGAAUUUCCCUUUCAUCUUUAGAAUUCUUUGCAACUAUCAAUCUUGCUGCUGUUAGUAAACUGGAGGUCAUUUUCUUCUUCUUCUUGUGUAAGUGUCAUCUUAUCAUAUAUUGAUAACAAUGCUAUUUCUGGUACAUUUUAAACUCUAUUUUUUAUUAUUGUCUUUAUUUCUUUAAAAACUAUUUCCCAGAAUUUUAAAAAAAUCUGCAGGACCACCACAUAUGAAUGUAUGAACCUACUUCCUGACAGCCUCUCCAGCAUUGAUUAGAAUAUUUACUGUCUAUCUGAUUUAGUCUAACUGGGGUUAAAUACCACCUCCAAAUUAUUUUAUAAUAGUUUUCCUUAAUUCUUAUAGACAUAUUUUUAAGAUAGGCGCUCCAUGCAGUCAUGCCGGCCACUUGACCUUGGAGGUGUCUACGGACAACGCCGGCUCUUCAGCUUAGAAAUGGAGAUAAGCACCAACCCCCAGAGUUGGUCACGACUGGACUUAAAAAGUCAGGGGAAAACCUUUACCUUUACCUACCCAUAUUCUAUAGUCUUUUCCAUUCUUAAAUAUUCUAGUUUUUCCUAAGUCUUGGUCCCCUAGUUCUCUAAAAUGAACUCGUUUUUGUUCUUCUUCAAGUAACAAUGUAUACAAAUAACUUAUUGUAUCUUUUAUGAUUUCAUUUUUUUCUACCUCUUUGUAUUAUCAUUCCCAUAAAUUUUGUAUAGUCUCUACCCCCAUUAUACUUCUUGCUUAUGUCUACUGACCAUUUGUUCAAUUAUGUACUAGGGGUCAUUUGUAAGUCAGAUGUUUGUAACUCGGGGACUGCUUGUAUUGUUUUUUUUAUUGUGCUGUAUUGUUUUUAAAGCUAGUUGCCUUGGGUUUCAUUUUGUAUUUCUUUUCAUACUUCUGUUUUUCUGAAUAAAAAUCAAUGAGGAGGAGGAGGAGGAGACCACACUUUUGUAACCACUUUUGUCAUUGUUAUAUUAAAGGUAAAGGAUUUUCCCUGA